AUGGGCAUCGCGAGCAGCGAGAUCAGCUGUGGGCCUGACCUGGCAUGGAUGGAGGUCCUGCAGAGCUGCGCUGAGUUCAUUGAGCAGCACGGCGUGGUGCAGGGGAUCUACCGCCUGUCCGGCGUGGCGUCCAGGAUCCAGAAGCUACGCCAUGAAUUUGAGUCUGAGCAGAUUCCGGAGCUAACCGUCCGUGACGUUCACAGCGUGAGCUCCCUGUGCAAGAUGUACUUCAGGGAGCUCCCGACCCCUCUGCUGACCGAGCAGCUGUAUGGCAAGUUCUCGGAUGCUGUUUGUGCCGCUACAGAUGAGGAGCGGUUGCUCAGAAUGCAGGACGUCAUCCAGCAGCUGCCCUGGUUGCUGGCUCCGUGGGGUUGA